AUGCCUUCUCAAAUUCAACCAUGGCGGGAGCCCAUUGCCAUUGUGAGCAUGGCAUGUCGUCUCCCAGGUGGCAUUGACAAGCCAUUGGACCUCUGGGACCAUGUUAGAGCAGGCCGUUCGUCGGCCACUCCCAUACCGAAAGAUCGUUUCAACACAGAGAACUUUCUUUCCAUGGACCCCAACAAGAAGGGAGAACAGGCUUUCAGAGGUGCACACUUUGUGAAAGGUGACAUAAAGCAGUUUGACCACAAGUUCUUUGGUAUAAGCAAAGAUACAGCAACUGCCAUGGACCCUCAACAGAAGCAGCUUCUUGAGGUUGUCUAUGAAUGUCUCGAGUCGGCCAAUAUCUCUAUGGAAACCAUUUCCAAGUCCAAGAUUGGCUGUUAUUGUGCGAUGUUUGUUAGUGAUUACCACGACAUGCUGAUGCAAGAUCCUGAGUAUCUUCCAACCUUUAUUGCUAUUGGAACGACACGCACUAUGCUUGCAAAUCGUAUCAGUCACGCACUUGACCUUGGUGGUCCCAGUGUUACUAUCGAUACAGCCUGUUCUGGUUCCCUUGUCGCAUUGCAUCUUGCUUGUCAAGCACUGCAAGCUGGCGAGUGUGACGGUGCUGUUAUUGGUGCAUCCAAUUUGUUCUUGAGUCCUGAUUACGCGUUGUCACUUACACGACUUGGCGCUAUAGCCGCAGAUGGCCAGUGUAAGACAUUUGACGCCGCUGCAAAUGGAUAUGGUCGUGGUGAGGGAACCAACGCUGUGUACAUCAAGAGGCUCAGCGAUGCUAUUCGGGACGGAGAUAACAUCAGAUCCAUCAUCCGGGGUACUUCCUCCAACAGCUCCGGUGCUACUCCAGCAAUCACAGAACCUUCUGGGCGGGCCCAGAGAGAUACCAUCUUACAAGCUUAUGCUCAAGCUGGAAUUGAUAAUUUUAGUGAAACAGGAUACUUUGAGUGCCACGGGACUGGUACACCCGUGGGCGACUGCAUAGAGCUUGGAGCAGUGGGCGAAGUCUUUAGUGCUAGCCACAACUCUGGAGACGCCCUUUGGGUUGGCUCUACCAAACCAAACGUUGGACAUUCAGAAGCAGCUAGCGGUUUGAGCAGUCUCAUCAAGGUGGUGUUGGCUUUAGAAAAGGGAGAGAUCCCUCCAAACACCAACUAUAAGACACCCAAUCCCAAAAUUGACUUUGACGGUUGGAGAGUUCGUGUAGCAACGAGCGCACACCCUUGGCCCUCAAAGUCCAUACGUCGAGCAAGUGUCAAUUCUCUCGGUAUAGGUGGAUCAACUGCGCACGCCGUUGUUGAGUUCUACGAGCCGCUGAAGAUCACUAAUGGGUCUGCCAAUGGUGUCAAUGGAACUAAUGGUAUGAAUGGAACCAACGGAGUCAACGGUACUCAUUCGUUAGCCAUUACCAAUGGUACCAAUGGCCACCACGAGGAGAACAACGCCGACAAACCCUCAUUCCUGACGUUCGUAUCUGGCGCGUCUCGCGACUCGAGAGACACAAACAUUAACAAUCUUCUGGAUUUCCUUAAGACUCACGACGAAUGCCAUGAGUUGGCGGGUCCCCUCAUCACAGCAUUGAAUGCUCGAAGCCAGAUUCACAUCCGACCGUGGAGGUCAUUCGCCGUUGCCCAGACAGUCGGUGAUCUGAUUCAGCAGCUAGAAGGCAAGGCAAUGAAGACCAACCAAGCACCAGUUGGUGGCAAUGAGCCCGAUAUGCUCUUCACAUUCACUGGCCAAGGUGCCACAUGGUCACAGAUGGGUAGACGUCUUCUAGAGACGUUUCCCGUAGCGCGUAACACGUUACACCAGCUUGACGAUGUCAUCAGAGAGCUUUCAUCCUCAGUCAAGUCUGCAUGGUCUUUGAUAGGCAAGCUUACUGCCGAGCUCACCCAAGAUGAGAUUAAUUUGCCAUCGCUUGCACACCCUCUCUCCAUAGCGGUACAGAUUGCUCUCGUCGACCUUCUAGCCAGUUGGGGUGUGGUUCCAGAUGGCGUUGUUGGCCAUUCUGGCGGAGAGACAGCUGCUGCGUAUGCUUGUGGUGCUCUCACAGCCAAGGAAGCCAUCACCGUCGCUUAUUAUCGUGGCAUUGCCUGCGAGAAUGCCCCCGCAGGCUCUAUGCUUGCUGUGAGAAGCGAUCCCAACGCGAAGGAACUCCAGGACGCACUGGAACGCAACGAUGUGCAGAUUGCUUGUUUCAACGGUCCCCAGAAUCUCACUCUUGCGGGUCCCACGGAGGGGAUCAAGAACCUGGCCGCUGAGUUGAAUAGUCACGGUAUUGUUUCUAGAGCUGUUGCUGUCACUCGAGCUUACCACACCCGAAUCAUGAAGGCAGUUGUCGAUGACUAUGUCGCACGCCUUCGCAGUGUUAUUCAUCCAAAGGCAGGACGAGUCCCCAUGUAUUCGUCUGUCACUGGCCGUCAGUUGGAGGGCACAGAGGUUGGAGCUGAUUACUGGGGAUCCAACCUUGUUUCUCCAGUUCUCUACACCGAUGCGGUUACAUUAGCCAUGACCCAAACGGACUACAAGUUUGGGCUGUGUGUUGAGAUUGGACCUCACUCAUUGCUUUCGCGACCAACAUCCGAGAUUGUCAAGUCGCUUGCUGAUGCACCCCAACUACCCUUCUUUGCCACCAUGCUCCGAAACGCAGACACCAACCAGCAACUUAUGAGUCUUGCGGGAGAUUUGGUUCUCAGCGGAAAGCGCCUGGAUCUGGACCAAGUGAACAAAGCCAGCUUGUUCAAGGGUGGCAAGCCCUCUCGUCUUCCCAACCACAUUCAAGACAACCUUCCUGCUUAUGCUUGGGACUAUUCCUCUACGCCCUGGACCGAGCCACGAAACAGCUCUGACUGGCGUUUCCGCAAAUCGCCACGACACGAGAUCCUGGGCACCCGCUGCCGAGGCGCAAAUCCUUCCGCGCCUACUUGGAGGAACAGGGUGUCGGUUGAAGAUGCGCCUUGGCUCGUUGAUCAUCAGGUCAAUGGUAUCGUUACCUUGUCUUUCACCACCGGUAUCGCUAUGGUCGUGGAGGCUAUGAUGCAAUUGCAAGAAGAGAACAAGGAAGCCGACUGGGCAAACUAUUCGUUUGAGUUGGAAGACUUUGUCUUUUCUAACUCCAUCAUCCUUCCUGACGAGAAUGCGAUCGAGCUCUUCCUGACUCUCAUUCCACGAAGUGAUAACACCAGAUCUGACGGGACACGGUACGACUUUACCAUUUCAUCACUCAGAGGUGACGUUGAUAUCCGCCAUUGUCAUGGAAAGGCUGCGGCCUUGGAAAGCAAUGACGGCGCAUUUUCCCAGUCCAGAACCUCGUGGCAUCAUAUGCCUCUUGAGGUCCCGCUCAAGAGCUACUACAAAACCCUGGAAAGAGUCGGCUAUGGAUACGGUCCCAAGUUCCAGCUUCUUAACGAAGUUCGAGUUCGACCAGGUCUCUCAGCCUGCGCUGCCAAGAUCGACAUGGUAUCGACCGGUCAAUCGCCAGUUCGCGGCCAGAGAUACCUUUUGCACCCUGCCAUGAUGGACGCAGCUCUCCAGACACCUGCAUUGGCCAAUCGCUCCGGUUACUUCCAAGAGAUCGACACCUUGCUUCUGCCUUCCCGCAUGAAGAAGAUCUCUAUCCGCAUGCCCGCUGACAAGACCGAUACUGCCUCUUGCGCUACCAACACAUCACCUGUUGGUUUCACCCGCAUCGAAGGCAGUGUCCAGUGUUACGAUACUUUGUCGAAGCCUUUCUUUGUGGUUGAGGGUUUGCAGAUGGACAGGGCAACGGCUGAGGACCAGACUACCCUUCCUUGGCUGCGACUCAACUGGAAGCCUGAUAUUGGCGACAUCUCUCACAAUGGUCCCUCGACCAGUUCCAUCCAGAUCAGGAGUCUUCCAGCAGAGAAGAAGCUCAUCAACCUGGAGGAUCUGGUCAAGGAGCUCAUACCUCUCAUUGUUGAGAACGGCAUCGAGAAGGGCGAGAACUUGGCUCCCCAUUUGCAGUCGUAUCAUGUCUGGUUGCUUGAACAAGCUGAGUUACACCAAGCAAAGCUCGUCGCACGCCACAAGCAGAAUGGAUUCGCCACAGCUGAAGACGCCAUCAUGAAUGUCGUUGCAAACUCUGGGAUCUCGGAGACUGUCGAUGCCUCCAUUGUGUCGCAACUUGCGAUUAACAUGGCAAGGAUCUUCCGUGGAGAAGUCGAACCGCUGGCAGUUUGGCUCGAGAAUGACCUGCUCUACAGAUUCUACGAACAGAGCAUCUUCACCACGAGCAUGAACCAGAAGCUUCGUUCCGUCGCUGAGCUUUUGGCGCACAAGAACCCCAACAUGAAGGUUCUGGAGAUUGGAGGUGGAACUGGUGGCGCAACGACCGAGCUACUUCAUGGCUUCUCCAAGGCUGGAGGGCCUAAUGCUUACCAGUCGUUCACCUUCACUGACAUCUCGGCUGGUUUCUUCGAGAAGGCGAAGAAGAAGUUUUCUGCUUGGGACAGAAUGGACUAUAAGACUCUCGACAUCGAGAAGGACAUCUCUGAGCAAGGAUUUGGCGAGGAGAAGUAUGAUCUUGUGGUUGCAGCCAACGUUCUGCAUGCCACUGCCGACUUACCGUUCGCGAUGAAGAACAUUCGAUCAUUGCUACGUGAUGAUGGAUACCUUUUGGUUGGUGAGCUGUCAGAGGACCUCACAUCGGCCAAUUUCCUCUGGGGACCCUUGACUGGCUGGUGGCUGCGCCCUCGAUCCCCAGGUCGUUCAGGUCCUGGUCUUUCCAUGGACGAAUGGCGGGACGAGCUCACUGCGGACUUCGAUAACGUUGUUGAGAUCGAGGCCAGACACGAUGUGACUGCUUCGGAUCAAAUCUCCAGCACCAUCGUGAUGACAGCUAGAGCAAAGCCAAUCGACUACACUCCACCCGAGCCACUCUCGGAACAGAGGGUGCAUAUCGCUGGAGUUGGCGAUGACUUUACUCGCGACCAGAUCGCGCACCGACUUUCCAAACGUGGUAUUAUUACAACAUCCAGUACGCUUGAGGAUCUCACUGCUCGAGAAUGGUCGGGAGAGUGGCUCAUCAUUAUGGACGAGGCUGAAGGAAGUUUCCUUGCUUCUCUCGACUCUCAGCAGUUGGAAGCUUUGAAGUCAUGGCUCACGAAGCCCAUCAAGUGCAUCUGGGUUACACACAAGGUAUACCUCGACCCGCAAAACACAACGGGAGGUCUGGUGACAGGCUUCGCACGAACCCUCCGAGGUGAGAACAGCCAGAUGGAGCUGUACACACUGGACUUGAGCAGCGAGGGCGACGACACCGCCAACAUCAUCGACCACGUUUUGGAACGAGCCCACUACUCUCAUGGCGAUCCAAUCUCGAGACUGGACUACGAAGUGGCUGAGAAGGAUGGACAGCUCUGGACAUGCAGGCUCGUGAAGGAUACUGACUUGGAAGAAGCCUUUGGUCCUGCGCGAAAGAUGGAAGUAUCUGCUCGCGAGCUGGUUCAAACUCCUCACCACUUGGUCGUUGGAGAACCAGGUAUCCUGGACAGUCUGGCCAUGGCCCAAAACGAUGGGCACUCGGUGUUACCGGUUGGACAUGUUCUUGUUGAGGUCAAGGCUGUCGGCCUUGAUGAACGGGAUGGACGAAUUGCUCAAGGGUCUCUUCCAGCAUUGGAGUUCGGUCGCGAGUGCUCUGGUGUUGUCAAGAGCUGUGCUGCUGAUGUCACUUCACUCAGGCCUGGAGAUCGCGUUGCCGCUAUCGGCCAGGGAACUUUCACUACGCAAUACCUGGCCCCUUCAGGUUGUUGCGCCAAGAUCCCCGACUGGCUUCCUUUCGAGGAUGCUGCCGCGAUUCCUGCCAGCUUUGUCACGGCGUUGUACGCGUUGACCACGUCUGCUAGAAUCACAAUGGGCCAGGUAUUCAAACUUCAUUCGUCCCGAGAGUUCAACGAAAGUGUUAACAUGGAACAGAAAAUCCUUGUCGCCAACGCCACAUCUGCCCAAGGCAUCGCUUUGAUUAAGACAGCGAAGGCGCUCAAGCUCGACGUCCACGCCACAAUCAGUGAUGGUAACAAGUCUCUUUUGACUAAGCACGGCGUCAGUUCAUCCAGCAUAUUCCCCGUCUCUACGAAUGCUGGUCGUCUCAAUGCUUCCCGCACUGCCAAUGGUCAAACGUACAAGCUUGUACUGAACACUCAAUCUGGCCAAUACGCGAGCUUUUCUCACCUGGUUGCGAACCGUGGAACUUAUGUCGAGCUGGGUUCCGGUGGAACGCGCGAUGAUGAAAGCGGUUUCCGACCUAACAAGAACGUCAUGUUUGCUUCCAUUGAUCUCUCAGAUGCCUAUAGUGAGAGCAAGGAGGACCUUGGAGAGCUGCUCGGCCAAGUUAUGGCUAUGGUUGAGAAGCGAGUCCUCGACACAGACCUGUCGGCUUCAGUAUCUGGGCUUCACUCACUACCAUCCGCCUUUGCAGCACUUUUGGAAGGCGGAUCGCAGAAGCAGGUCAUCUCACUUGCAGAUGUCGACGAUGGGCACAUGAUCAAGACACGACCCAAGACUUCUGUCUUCGAUCCUCGAAAGACCUACAUCAUCACGGGAGGUCUUGGUGGUUUGGGCCGUGCAAUUGCAGUCUGGAUGGCUAGCUACGGUGCUCGAAACCUCAUUUUGGCUACCAGCUCGGUCUCCAAGGCCUGCCAAUCUGGUGAUCUGCUUCAGCAGCUAUCGUCCUACGGAUGCCAUGCUAGAGUUGAGGUCUGCGAUGUGGGCGACUCAUCAGCUGUUGAGCGUCUCAUCUCUAGCAUUUACACUCCUGUCGGUGGAGUCAUUCACUCAGCAUUGAGACUUAGUGAUCGAUUCUUCGAGGACAUCACCUUGGACGACUUCGACGCAGUGUUUGGCCCAAAGGUCAAUGGUGCCUUGAACCUUCACCACUUCCUUCAGGGCCAGAACCUUGACUUCUUUGUCAUGCUGAGUUCGGGAUGUGGAGUUCUGGGUAACGAGGGUCAAUCCAACUACUCAGCAAGCAGCACGUUCCUUGACACAUUUGCCCGCUACCGUCAGAGCCUCGGUCUUCCCGCCUCGUCUAUUGAUCUCGGCUUCGUGGAGGAUGUCGGAAACAUCAGCGAGCGUCCUAAGAUCCAGGCUUCCUUGCUGUCUCGUGGUCUUCGACCCAUCACAGUACGCGAUGUUCUGCGCGUGGUCGAAGGUGCUAUUGCUACGGGCACUCCUAAGCAGGUCAACGCUGUCACUGAGUCUGCUUACGAUGACUUUUCACAAAGUCAGAUUGUCCUCAGCUUUGGCAUGAUUGACAAGGCUACAGCAGAAUGGCAGUCCUGGGCCAAGGACGCAAAGUUCGGCUUGCUGCGAUCCAAGGCCACUGACAAUGUGGCAAGCGAUGCCGAUGCGGGUGGCGUAGAGAGCGCAGUCCAGACAGCUGUCAAGGCCUUCCGAAACACUCUUGGUCGAUUGGGUGAUGCAUCUGAGGGCAAGGAAGCUGCCUUACAGCCUGUUGUCUGCACUGCCCUUGUUGCCAAGCUGGCACAAGUACUGUCGAUGAAGAUUGACGACAUUCAGCCUACGAGAUCGGCUGUUCAGUACGGUAUGGACUCACUCAUUGCUAUUGAGGUUAGGUCAUGGGCAAGAUACGCCUUCCAGAUCGAUCUACCUAUCAGUGACUUGACGAACCCGUACAGUAUUCAGGAUUUGGCGGCGAGGGUUUCUCGAAUGAUUGUGUGA